GGUUAAUAGAGCAACUUUAAUUGGAAGUAGUAGAUUGAUUAUUUUAGUGGAGAAAUCGAUUCACUGCUUUGUACUAGAAUUAAUUAAAGCUAGUAGGGGAAGUUUGGUGUGUUAUUUCCUUGGUUAGUUUAUGCCGUUGGAGGUUAGUCGCCCGCCGAGUAUUCAAAGUGAGAGGGUCUGGAUUACUUUAGUCGAGAUUUCAGACUUGUCAAGAGCUUUCCGCAGUAUAUAUGUCAACUAAAUUGGAUUUGGUGAAUUACAACUUGGCCUAACUGCAAACUAGAGGAAAUCAUACCUAAGUGAGUUCCCAACCUGUAAUUAGUAGUUUUACCUAGUUUAGCUUGUAGAGUAAUUUAGUUAAACAAACCUUAAUCUGAUUUGCUAGAUAAUGACCCGAAGCUGAGUAAUAGCACAUCUAAAGACCCGAGGAUUCAAUAUUUAUUACUUGCACCACUAUACUAUAGUCCCUUUCAUUGGUUAGACUUGGUCAUUAUUAGGAGUUGUGUUUUAGCGAGUCAAGUUUUCGACGCCGUUGCCGGGGAACCUUCUCGUUUUUAGGAAAGUUAGAAGUUUGUUAAUUUAACUUUUCUUUCUUUUGUUUUUCGUUUCCACCCUAGCUUUUUCACUUGGGUGUUUUUUUUUUUGUUGGUGGAGAUCUGAAUCAUGGAUCCUCAUGGCUUCUCCAACCAGUGGGGGUAUCCACCACCACCCGAGUGGUAUUACCCUGUGACUUCCUGGAGUAAUCAAGGAGGAGAAGACCAUGGAUUCGGAUUUCAGUACCAACCCCCUUACUACGAAGAACAACCAGACCCUUGGAAACCUCAAGAACAAUGUUCUUAUCAACAAGAAUUCCUCCCACAACCAGAAGGGCCAUCGGAGUUGGAUUUCGCCAUGUCGACCUUCACGGGCCAUUCUGUAGAGCCAUGAUACACUCCACAAGAGGAUCCGAACAAACAAUUGAGGCUUCUCGUGGAGCAGAUUAUUCGAGACACUGAGAAAACCUUUCCCAAUAUGGAACUUCUAAUCCAAUCCAUUGGUUCCCGGUGACCCUUCAUUUCUCCAUGGAAUGGAGAAGACUAUUCAGCACUCAGCAAAGCAAACAGAGCAUGUUGAGCAAGUUUGUGCACAGCUUCCUCAAUAUCACUUUUAUUCUACCCUAGAAGAAGAGGAGGAGGAUGAAGGAGGCUACAAGGACAUUGUGGAGCAGACAGAAGUUUUCACGAAGAGCUCUCGUGAUGAUCAUGAUCAGGAAUGUCCUGUUGUAUCCGAACACACCUUUCCACAUCCCACGCCAAGCUUUGAAGAGGUGGGCAUGAGUGAGGAGAUGCGAGAUGAUCUCAUCAAAGAAAUUGCUUGGCGACUUGCUCUCCAAUCUAUGUUGGAAGAAGAAGAGAGAGAAAGGAUGAGGAAAGAAGUUGUGGAGGAUGACGGAAGUGAAGCAGAGGAAGUUCUUGAUCUUUCACAAGGGGAGAAAUCAAGUUCUGAGGAAGGAAGGAGGGUUGAAGAUGCAAGUAUUGUCCAUGCUGAGGACGAAGUUGAGGUGGAAGAGGCUUGCACUAGCCAUGAGUUACAUGUGAUUUCUCCACCCAACUUUACAGUGUCUCUUUGCCAUACCAAGGCCACAUCGACAUCGGUCCCUCUUGGUGGAUGCGAUGGUGGUCAAUCGGUGGUGUCAUAUCUGAUUUGGGGCAAUGAUAUGAGAGAAGAGAAAAAAAAGGUCUCGAGGAUGGAGACUUCAUCUACAUCAAGUGCACGAGCCUUCAUCACCUGCCACACCACAUGCUCGUGACUCCACCUCAUCGACAAGAACCUCAACUUUAAGGAGGUUUUUGGGUGGACCGAAACUUAGUUGCCACUGUUCGGCUCACGACGUGAAAGAAGCGCUUGUUGGGAGGCAACCCAACCAGUUGGUUUGCAUUUCUUUCCUUAUUUCUCUUUGGGUUAGUCGGUUUUGUUCUUUGAUUUUAGAGUCAAUAACUCAACCUUUGUGAGAUUUUGUGUGGUGUUUUUGUUCCUACUACUCUCUCUCCUACUGGAAUGCACCGCCUGGCCCGUGCACCAUCAUUCACACUUGAUCUGGUCACUUCGUUCUGCCCUCCUUAUCUUUCUUUCAUUGAGGACAAUGUCGUGCUUAAGUGUGGGGGUGUUCGAUUAUGUAUGUGUGUGAAUGUUUGGUUGUAUGUGUGUGUUUGGAGCCUAGUCCACUGUCCAAAUUUUAAAUUUGAGGGCUCCAAGUACGUGUCUAUUGCAAUAACCUGCUCAGUAUGCUUUGAAUUGACAGCUUUUAUAGUACUAUGCAAUCUAGGGAGGUAGUUGUAGCACUAUGGAGGAUGUUGAAGUAUAAGAUCGGUCCUAUCUUUCUCUUUGUUGUGCCGGUUGAUUGCGUGAACUAGUGGAUUUAGGACCUUUGAUUCAUGUGGUAUUGAUGACUCUCCUUGUGCUUUGUUGUGGACUCAUGUAUCAUAGAAGGGUGCUUAGUGUGAGUAAUGAAAAAGCAGUUGGUCCUCUAUGUCGAAAAUUUUGAAAUUUUAAACAUGGGGUAAGCCCAACGUGUGUGGCACCCUUCAUUGCACAAAAUCGACUUUUGGAAGAGAUUUUAGUGAUUCUUAGUGGGGUAGGCCUACAAGAUGAAACUAAGUUGUCUCAAGUACAAGUAAAAUUCCACCCAUUGAACGGUUUGCUUACUCGAGGAUGUGUUUUUAAGGGCAAGGUUAGAGCUUCCGAACCCCCUUAAUUUCAUUGACCCUCCACAUGAGUUGAGGAAAAGGAGUUAAAAGAAGUACUCUGGCGAGUGACAUAUGCAUAGAAAUUUCUCUUGCUCAAUCAAUAAGGGUCGACCGCGCAUAAAAAAAUUGCAGUUUGGAACCCUAACAAAAUGUGAAUGCAAAAAUCAAAAUAAAAAGAAAACAAUAGUAAGGAAAAGGGGUUCCAACGAUUGAAAUGAAAUGGAAGAUCACCCGAUACAAAGAGUCCUUGGUUGUUAUGUGGGUGAGUCUCCUCAUCCAUUAUUUUCAGUUCUAGGUCCACUAUUUGCCAUGAUCCUAGCUUGGGUCUAGUACUCACAUGGAGAGAAAUAGGGCAUGUCUUAGAAAACUGGUUGAUCUCGUAAGAAGCUAAAUGACCUAGGAAGUCCUCUACCGACGAUCGGGGUUGCAUGUUGCUGUAAAGGUCUGGAGAGUUGCAUUGGUUUGUGUCAAGUUUUCUUGGGGACAAGCAAACGGUUAAGUGUCGGAGAAUUUAAUAACACUGAAUUUGCACAUGUUUUUAUCCUUCAUUUCUUGAUUAUUUAGCUUGGUGGUUAUCAUAAUUUGGCCUAUUUUAUACUAGGUUGUGUUCCUUUGUCACAUUUCAGGUCCUAGCACGUAAAAUAAAGUAUAGGCACUAGUUUCAAGUCAAUCGGAGAUCAAUUGGCGACACGGGGAAAGAAACCAGGGCAUGACCCAAGAAAGAAUGGAUUUAUACCUCAAUUUAUGGACAAAUAAUCAUUUAAUUUAUGCAUGGAAAGAAAGAAGAUGAGACUAUGAGCGUCUAGGAUCAAACGGUGACUGAUUCGGAGUUCGGAUGAGGGAGAAAGGACUGAAAGACAACAGCAUAUCCAAAGUUACGCGCUGGCCUUCAAAGUUACGGUUGUGACCGUAACUUUGGCCUUGGGAAGCAGAAUGCAUUCCAAAGUUACGGGCUUCCUUCAAAGUUACAGGUUGCCCGUAACUUUGCUCGUAACUUAGCCUUUGGGAUCUUUAUAAAUGCGUUUUUGCAGAUUUUGAAGAGAGAGCUGGGUUUUUUGUCCCAAACAUCCAAGGGACGAACCCUAGAGAGAGGGCACCUUGGGAUCAUUCUUGGAGCUAUUUUGGAGGAGUUCUUCACCAUUGGAGCUCGAGAAACAAGCUUGGAGAUGGAGAUUGAAGAUUUAGAUUUCUGCAUUCUCUCUCUUCUCUAUGGAGUAACUUCCCUUCACUUAGGUUUUGAGGAACCCUAGAUUUGUAUGCUAGGAAGAGUUUUAUGAAAUCGAAUUCUUGAUUUAUUGACGUUUUAUAUUCAGUUGAGGCAUUGAUUCAGAAUUACUUGAGUCCUGAUCCAAUUCCUAUGAUUCCUGCUUUAACCUAGAAUGAUAGUCUAUGCAUAGGUUAAUAGAGCAACCUUAAUUGGAAGUAGUGGAUUGAUUGCUUUAGUCGAGAAAUCGAUUCAUUGCUCUGUACUGGAAUUAAAGCCAGUAGAGGAAGUUUGGUGUGUUAUUUCCUUGGUUAGUUUAUGUCGGUGGAGGUUAGUCGCCCACCGGGUAUUCGAACAGAGAGGGUCUGGAUUACUUUAGUCGAGAUUUCAGACUUGUCAAGAACUUUCCGCAGUAUAUCUGCCAACUGAAUUGGAUUGGGUGAAUCACAACUUGGCCGAACUGCAAACUAGCGGGAAUCAUACCCAAGUGAGUUCACAUCCUGUAAUUAGUAGUUUUACCUAGUUUAGCUUGUAUAGUAGUUUAGUUAAUCAAACCUUAAUAUAAUUUGCUAGAUUAUGCAAUGUAGUCAAAAUCGCACUUAAAAACUUACGGUUUUACGCUUCUAGGUCACCAAAACGCUUUCGUUUCUAUGUAAAAACUUUAGUGUAUAAAAUCAGACUAAAUUGUGCUUUAAAACUUAAAAACUUACGCUUUUACGCUUCUAGUUCACUAAAACGCUUUACGUUUUUACGCUUUUACUUCACUGAAUGCGUAUUCUUUUCAUGAAAUUAAUUAUAAAAAGUAUAUUUUAAAAAUAAAUCACCGACAAUAUGAUACGCUUAAGAUUAAAAGAUACAUACCAGAUACUUUGAUGCAUUCUGAACUUCAAUAAAGUAAUCUAAUUCACCGUCUAGGCUCUUCUCAAAAUCAUUAGCACGGAGGAGAAGGUGGCUUCUUUAAAAAUUUAUGUUUAUGAACUUAUUAUUAAUAGGCUAUAAGUUGCUCUACUUUAAACAUGAAUUGCAAGUAUUUAUUAACUUAUCUAAAUUUUGUGCACUCAUAUUUUUCAUAGUAUAUGUCGUACUUAACAUAUUUUUAGUUCUUUUACAGUAUGCGUAAAAAACUUACGCUUUUACGCUUUAAUUCUACGCUUUACGAUUUUACCCCUUUUUCGCUUCUAGGUAGAAUCGCCCUUUUGACUGCAUUGAGAUUAUGAACUGGAGCUGAGUAAUAGUACAUCUAGAAAUCCGAGAAUUCGAUAUUUAUUAUUUGCAUCACUAUAUUGCAGUCCGUUUAAUUAGUUACACUUUGGUUCUGUUUUAGCGAGUAACUGACAUCACAUUUAUUUAUUGACAUCAUGUGAGUUCUUAUGGCCUUAGAAGAAAUCGGGUACUGUGUUAAAAUCAAUUUGCACAUCUUCUACAUCUAUCUAUCUAUCUAUCUACAGUUCUACACACUAAUAUAAGGACAUUCUAGAAGAGAAGGGUGUUAGCUUAGAAGGCUCCUGCCCACUCCACAGAAGGCUAUUUAUGUCCUUCUACUUCCCAAUUACUUUCCCCAGGAGAUUAGAAGUGCGGUUAUUACCUGAGCAUGGGCUUUUGUUUGGUAUUUUAAUUUCAUCUUUUGAGCCACUUAUACUCACUUUGUGGGUUUUUUUUUUGUUAUCAUUCAAUAAUAUUUUUGUUUUUUAUGGUAUUAUUGUUACCAACCAAUCAAGAAAUACACCGUAGUGAACUUUUUUUUUUCAAUGAUGUUUUAAGUUAUGACUUUGCUACUGUGACAUGCAUGUCACUGUAACAUGGACUCUUCGGUCGACCUAAUCCUAAAGGAGGUCGACCGAAUGUGUUGUUUCAGUUAUGUGAGGUUCAAUGGCGCGGUCGACCUCUUUGGGGGUCGAACAUAAUGAAAGGUCGACCCAAAUACCUCAUAGGCCGACCCUUUUGCACCUAAUAGGUCGACCGCAUGCACACCGUAUCCGUAUUGGAUAAGGAUUCCAACACCAGAAAGGUAAGCCUAACUUAUCUACCACUUAAUUCGAUCCACUCACGUUCUGAAUUACGGUCGACCAUGUUGCCUGACGCCAACGAAAAGGGCAACCGAGGUUUUAUUGUGGUCGACCAAAAAUAACAACUUAAACUACAAACGGUCGACCAUAUGAUCUUUGAGGUCAACCGCGAUGAGUCCUCAGGGUGCCCAAAUUAGUCAAUUUGGUUGACCGGUGUUACGAUUAGGUCAACCGAAAUUAAACUUAUAAGUUUUAAUUUCAAGUCAUCGAUAUGAAUAUCGUAUUAUUAAAAUCAAGUUAUAUAAAUUGAGUAGCAAAAGGGGGUUGUGUUUGGGAUAAGUUAUUUUCGUAGGAUAAGUAUUAGGAUGACAUGCAUGUCACGAUAACAUGCACUUUUCGGUCGACCUCAUGUAGGAUCAGGUCGACCUAAUAUGUUGUUUCAGUGUACAAACAGUUUCAUGGUGCCUACUUUGGAUAUUCAUAUCUUACAAUUGGCUAGAUGGAAAUUAAUGGCUUGUUUUAAAGCUGAAGUGUCCCUCUACACAUUAAAGUACUUGGGAGCUCGAUAGGAAGUCUAGAAGACCAUUUUUGAACCUGAUCAAAAGGAUAUGCCAAAACUGGGAAACUGCUUGAAAAUGGCUAAGUCUGGGAACGUGUUUGUGAAGCCUACUUUAGAGCUCAAUUUGAGAAGCAUGGAUGCGAGUCGAGUCCAGGGGCUUCGACCACGUUAAAUUAGGCAUGUUUUUCUACAAAGGCAAGGCAUUGGAUGAAAGAUUGAAUAUCAUUAAGGCUUCAAACAAAAGGCUCGAAGUUUC